UACUUUGAUACUUUCCCCUUCAUAUAGCAUCGGUCCACCAAGUCCAUAUUCCCGUAAUCCUCUUUUACCUCAUUUCGAUCCCCAUUUCAUUCUCUCUCUCUCUCUCAACCAUGGCGCUCCUCCACCGAGUCAACCGAGCGAAAUCUCUCUCCUCCCUCCUCCGCCCCCUCACCACCGCACACAACCACCUCCACCGCCCCUUCUCCACCGAUUCCUCUAAAACCCUAACCAUCGAAACCAGCAUCCCUUACAAAUCCCACAUCAUCGAACCCCCAUCCCGCUCCGUCGAAACAACCCCGGCGGAACUCAUGGACUACUUCCGCACCAUGGCCCUCAUGCGCCGUAUGGAGAUCGCCUCCGAUUCUCUUUACAAGGCCAAGCUAAUUCGAGGAUUUUGCCAUCUUUAUGACGGCCAAGAAGCCGUCGCCGUCGGGAUGGAAGCGGCGAUUACCAAAAAGGAUAAUAUAAUUACAGCCUACCGUGACCAUUGCAUCUAUCUCGCCCGCGGGGGAUCGCUUGUCAGCGCUUUCGCCGAAUUGAUGGGCAGACGGGAUGGUUGCUCUAAGGGUAAAGGUGGAUCGAUGCAUUUCUACAAGAAGGAUUCAGGUUUCUUCGGCGGUCACGGAAUUGUUGGAGCGCAGGUUCCAUUGGGUGUAGGUCUGGCUUUUGCUCAGAAGUAUAAGAAGGAAGAUACUGUGAGUUUUGCGUUGUACGGAGAUGGUGCUGCUAAUCAAGGCCAAUUGUUUGAGGCUUUGAAUAUGGCUGCUCUUUGGGAUCUGCCUGCUAUCCUCGUUUGCGAGAACAAUCACUAUGGUAUGGGAACUGCAGAAUGGAGGGCUGCAAAGAGUCCGGCCUAUUACAAACGUGGAGAUUAUGUUCCCGGAUUAAAGGUUGAUGGUAUGGAUGUAUUGGCAGUGAAACAAGCUUGCCAAUUUGCGAAGGAGUAUGUUUUGAAGAAUGGGCCAAUUAUACUUGAGAUGGACACUUACAGGUAUCAUGGACACUCAAUGUCUGAUCCUGGAAGCACCUACCGGACACGUGAUGAGAUAUCAGGCAUUAGACAGGAACGUGAUCCCAUUGAGAGGGUCAGGAAGCUGAUAUUGGCCCAUGAUAUUGCUGUAGAAAAGGACCUAAAGGAUAUUGAAAAGGAGGUUAGGAAAGAAGUAGAUGAAGCUAUUGCUAAGGCCAAGGAGAGUCCCAUGCCUGAGAAUUCUGAUCUUUUUACAAAUAUCUACGUGAAAGGUUAUGGGGCAGAGUCAUUCGGCGCAGACAGGAAAGUGCUUAGAACUGCUCUGCCAUGAGCCAAAGUGAUGUUCUGAUGUGAGUCAUUUGAGAUGGAAACUUCAAAUAAAAGUUUUGACCCGAUUUAUCAUUUAGUGCACGGGUGAACCGAUUUAUCCUCAUUUCAUGUUUCGAGGAUAUCAUGUUGCACAAAUGGCAUGAUUGUAUUGGUUCAAUUUUUUUUAAUCAUUUGGUAAUUGUAUGGUGUGUUGAAAUUCGUAGCCAGAAGAGGUCGAAUGCUAAAAACUGCACGGUUGACAUCAAACGUUUUGUGUACAGAGUUACACUAUUUGAAAUUGAUAAUUGAAAGUAGUGAACUAA